AUGGAGUGGGAUGAGGUUGAGACUAACGGUCUCCUACAACCUUUUGAGACAUCUGUCAUGUCUGCUCUUGUCGAACUUCGCCAAAGACAUUGGAAAGAAUGCACGAACUUGAUUAACAACUUUGAGUCAGGUUUGAGUCGCGUCAACGCAGAAAAAGCGGAUCUAGUCAAGUAUGCCCUCAUUCACUUCUCCACCUCUGCGUCAUUGGAUUCUUCCGCAAACGAUCUGACUCCGGUAGCUGCUCCUGCUUUCUUGCAUCGCAGACCUUCGGGAAAGCGUUUGUGUCUUGCAACCACUAAUGGUCAGCUGGCUGUCAACAUUGCUAGGACAGAAUCGAACGAGGUGAACGGGGAGUCAAAAGUUCUCGUUGCUGAAACACAGAACGACCUCCCCCCUGGUAAUUCUUAA